GAUCGCGUUGAAGAGGUUGUGCAAAAUCUCAGUCCGACGAAGCUAUCGUUGUCUAGUUCUUCUGUCUCAUAAGUGUUCAAUCUUCCAUUUCAUUUCAUUUUAAUCAAAUCUCUUCUCCAAGUCUCCGUUUCUUCUUCACGAACCCACAUCACGGUUCAAUUCGAUGAUUGUUAGAUUCCUUGAGAAACAGAGCUUCAGAAAAACCUAAAUUGUUGUUGAAUCGGCUCCAUGGGAAUCUCAUUCAAGAUCUCGAAGAAAGGCACCAGAUUUUGUCGUAAGCCGGGGCAUGCAGGGGACACCGCCGAAGACGAAGUGGCUGACAGUUCGAUAGGAAUUCGGGUGGUCGCUAACAAUGAAUUUACUCCCACGUCUGUUCGGAAGCCCGAGAUUAAUGCCAUAUGUGGGAGUGGAACUGUGGAUGUCUCUGAAAUAUCUGAAUGUGAAGUUUCCUUUGUGUUCAGCCUAUUUCCAGAUUGCUACGCUAUUACAAAACCUUCAGCGCAUGAGUCAGGGAAUCAAGACAUUCAGAAGUUUGUACAUUCAUAUGAUCGGACAUCUGAAAUUCUCUCCACGGCGAUUGAGUGUGGCCAACUUCCUGCAGAUAUUCUUGACGACUUUUUACCUCUCAAGUAUGUAGAAGGGACGAUAGUCUGUGAGGUGCGAGACUACAGAAAGUGCACUCCUGAAGUGAGGAAUAUGCCCCGUUCUUCUGAUCGCCCUAUCGUGCACAAAGUGCGUCUUAGGAUGUCUCUAGCAAAUGUUGUGAAGGAUGUCCCUUUGAUCUCUGACGAUACUUGGACUUACGGUGAUCUGAUGGAAGUAGAGUCCAGAAUUCUGAAAGUUUUGCAACCGCAACUUUGUCUGGAUCCUACUCCCAAGUUGGACCGACUUUGUGGUAGCCCGAUUUCUAAAAAGCUUAAUCUAGGUUUAGGCAAUUUACGUAGAAAGAGACUGCAUCAGAUUCAAGAAAGCAUUGGGAAACGAGCCUGUAUUGAUAUUGUGCCAGAAACGUCAAACGCCCGCGAAAAUAUUUCUACUCAGAAUGUCGGUCCAAUAACCAAUAUAAUGGCAUCGAGAAUCAAGAAUGCUGUAACUGAUCCUUCUUCUCAAUUACCUUUGACAGCUCAGCAAUCACAACAACACAUUGCAGUGACAAACCAAAGGCUGAUGAUGAUGCAAGAUAAUAAUGCAACAUAUGCUAACAACUCUUCCAUUGCUUCUGUUCACGGAAAGAGGGAUAAUCAGGACAGGCCAAUCUCUCCCUUAGCCAAUUUAAGCAAGCGAAUAAGGGUCAUGCCUACAAAUGCUGAUGCUGUUCCACAUCAGCAAAUAGACAGCUUCCAAGGGAUUACUGAUCAGUGGAAAAACAGUCAGUUGCAGCAGCAAUCAAUUGCAAGAGGGAUGCAUUAUCAGGGAAUGAGAAUUGCCAAGGAAGAACCAGUUGAGAUGGAGAGAUUUGACAAAUCGGAAGCGGAAACCAACCAAAUGGAUAUCCAACAGGCUCGAAUUCAGCAGAGAAUAUUACCCCAGACUGCAUUCAUGAGAUCAAACUUCCCACAAACUCCAUGGAAUAACCUUGGGCAGCAACCUCUUGAGAUGAACUCUAACCCUAGGAAGGAUGACCAGUUUCCGAAAAGAAAACUAGCGCAGAGUUCCAGAGUUUCUGUUGGCGGUCUCCCACAAUCUCCAUUGUCGUCAAAAUCUGGAGAAUUCUCACAAUAUGGAGCAGCUGCAACCUCUUCUGCGCUUGCUGCAUCCCAGAAGGAUAAAUCUGCAGUCAAUUCGGUGCCCACAUCUUUGACUUCAUCUGCUAAUGAUUCCUUGCAGCGCCAACAUCAGGCACAAAUGGCUGCCAGACGAAGAUCAAACGCCCUACCAAAGACCCCAGUGAUUAGCGGAGUUGGCUCCCCCGCAAGUGUCGGUAGUAUGAGUGUUCCCCUCAAAGCUAACAGUCCUCCUGUCGGAAAUACUGUCUUGGAUGAACAAGUGCUGGAAAGAUUCUCAAAGAUUGAAAUUAUAUCCGCCAGGUUUCAGCUAAAUCGUAAAACCAACAAGGGGGUGGAAAACUACCAUGUUAGGAAUCCUGGCAAAUUCCCUGCAGAAAAGAUUGCAUCUUUUCUUUCUAGUGAUUCCAAUAAUGAGAAUACUGGAGAUGAAACGUGUACAAUGCCUCUAUCGAAGUCACUUGUAGGGGGUAACAUGAAUGUCUGCAAGACAAGGGUUCUGAAUUUUGUACAGACCGAACAAAUACUUCAAGGAAAUGGGUUUUCUGUUGUCCCUAGAGUACGAACUAGAAUGAUUAUGUCUGAUAAAUCAAAUGAUGGGAUGAUAGCCAUGCAUUAUGGUGAUAUAGAUGAUAAUGAAUACUUAGCUGCCGAAGAUCAUCUGCCUACAUUGCCAACUGCUCAUUAUGCGGACUUACUUGCAGCACAGUUAUGCACACUGAUGAUAAAAGAAGGGUAUAUUGUGGAAGAUCAUGUGCAACCAAAACCACCUGGCCGCAUUAGUCAUCCAGCCAGCAAUCAGCCUAACGUAUCUGUAGAGAUUCAACAAUUUCCUGAUACUGUUUCGGGUCAACUUAACAAUGAAGCUCUUCCGAAGCCAAAUACUUAUGGUGGUAAUUCAUCAUCUCUUGGUGGACCCAACGGAGUAGCCAAUACAAGAAUGUUGCCACCUGUGAAUACUCAGGCCUUGCAGACGUCUCAGAGACCUCAGCAACCAGAACAACAGUCACUUCAACAGCAUCCUUCAAUUCAACAACAGUCACCAUCCCAGUUCCAGAGAUCAUCCAUGCAUUCAGCAAAUGUGAUGUCCCAAAUGAAUGUGAAUUCACAGUUGGUUAAUAACAAUAAUAAUCACAUGUCUAAUAAUAAGCCUUCAUCUAUCCAACUUCAGCUGAUGCAACAGCAACAGCCACAACCACCAUUACAAAGGAGAAUGAUGAGCAUGAGUAAUAAUAACAUGGCUGGGUUUGGCGGUCUUGGAAACGCAGUCAUGGGAAUGGGGGGAGGCGUCGGGCCGAGGGCCAUGUCAUCAUCUCCAAUGGGACCAAUUUCGGGCAUGGGUCAGAAUCCAAUGAAUCUAGGACAGGCCUCGAAUAUUAACAAUGCAAUUAGAUCAGGACAGUUAACACAGGCACAAAUCAUGGCGGCAAAGAUAAGGCUGGCUCAGAGCAGAGGAAACAUGUUGUCUGGGGGAGGCAUAAAUGGGGGGGUGUCCUCAGGUGCUAGGCAGAUGCAUCAUCUUCCUGGUGCUGGGUCUGGUUUUCCCAUGCUUGGUCAAGCCUUGAAUAGAGGGAAUCUCAACUCUAUGCAGCAGCAGCAGCAGCAGCAGCAGCAGCGGUCAGCUAUGGGCCCCCCUAAGAUGAUACCUGGCAUGAAUAAUAUGUAUAUGAAUCAGCAGCAGUUACAACAGUUGCAGUUACAGCAGCAGCAACAGCAGCAGAUGCAAUUACAACAGCAAAUGCAACAACAACAGCAACCGUUCCACCAACAACAACAAAUGUUGUCGCAAGAAACCACCUCUCCUCUUCAAGCUGUUGUUUCUUCUUCUUCCUCUCAACAACAACAGGCGGCUUCUCCUUCAGCAAUGGGAGGAACACAACAACAGGCGGCUAGCCCUCAGCAGUUGAGUCAAAUUAGAUCUCCAAUGAGCCCACAGCUGAGCUCUGGAGUAUUAUCUCCUGCAAGCCCUCAGACUCUUGGGGGUUCUGCGGAAUUACAAGGUGUCAACAAGGGCAAUAACGUCAACAACUCAUAGCGGCAGGGGUGGUGGCUGUUAAAAAGGGGGGACUGAAUGAAGCUGAAUGAAGCUGGUGUUCUGCAGUUUACCUGCUAACAACAUUUAGAGUCUUCUCAAGCCCCAAUCAGAAGUAGUAAUGUGAGCUUAAUAUAUAGAUUUUAUAAGCUGUGGAAUAAGUGGGAUUUGUUAACUUGUUUUCUUCCAUUUGUGGUAAAUUUUAGAAAUACCGUAACAUUUAUUUUAAAUGUUUUUUUGUUGUGGGCGUGUUUUUAUUGUUAUGUACAUAUUUGUUCUUCUGAAUAGUUAUCCCAGAAUACAGGGAGUUUUUAAAUAACUUUCUCUCUUU